UACACGUUUUAUUGUAAGAGGAUACAUGUAGUAUUCGGCUUCGAUGCGGCCCCACGCCAGCAGAGAACCUCAGCCGCUCGAGAUUGCAGACAUGAUUUUUUCUCGAUUAUUAAAUUGGACUUUUUUUUCUCUCUCCUAUUAUCAAUACAAUGACUAAUUUAGGGAUGCAUAUUUGCCGCUGACAAAGCGGCGUUUGUGGCAUAUUGAUAUCUUCAGUCAUCAUGCUUGCUCAUUUUCUUGCUUUCACUCUCCCGCAUUCACUCCUUGUUCACAUUCAUUUUACACCAGUUUUGUUCAAUCAAUUACAAUUUGAAGGACUGAGAAUCCAGGGGCAUCAUCACACCAUUGUUACGGUAAAUAUGAGUCUCCUAUUCUGGGCCUUGCGAGUGUUGCCAAACUCGGACCGCACUCUUCAUAAUCGGUACUCACCUUUCGCCCUCAGUAAAACAAUAAUAACAAUACAAGAUACUACAGACGCUGCUGGAAGAUCAACAGUCUACCACAGAGCAUCUUCAGAGGCAAGCAUCUCUCAGUACAUACAACUGGACGAGAGAAACUUGUUGCUCGUUUCCUUCAUCACGCCAGAGGCCUUGCUAGAGAUGCCACGCUCCAGAGAUCAGUGUCUCUCGUAGUCAUUCCACCUGCUACAGGCUACUGGAAAUGGCGCACAUCAUGCCUUGAUUUUAUGAUUCUUGACUCUGUGUGACGAUCAACGGG